AUGGCAGGCCCUACAGCCGGCUGGGAAAAGGCUGGUGACAGUUUCUACCGUAAAAUUAAGUUGUAUGAAGCAAUCUUCGACCCAGAUCUAGAGCUUGAGAACCAUCUUAUUGCUGGAGCUCCGUAUGCUGGAGCUAUAGCGCUUCAUCGUGACCAAGGGAAACUUCAGACUUAUCGAUCGAAACAGUCUACCAAACCUUGCAUCGAUAUUUACAGCUCUGCGGGAAAGCUCAUCAGGCGAAUAAAUGGUGCUGUAGAGCACGGUGUCAAAGCAUGUCGUUUUUGGUCUGAGGGGUUUGUUGCCAUGCUAUCCAAUCAACACUUGAUUGCAGUUACGCAUUACCUUGAGCCUAGGCCGAGACGUCUUGCCGUACCCCCAACGGACACCAUACAUUCAUGGACCAUUAUUCCGCCCGCAGAAACCCUGUCUAGGUCGGUCGAAGUCCUUCUUGCCGUAGGUAGUACCAUCUAUGCUGUUGAUUCGGAAGAAGCUGAAGACCGAGCUCUACCUAAUGGCCCGUUUAAGCAUAUUGCUGUAUCACCCAACGGACUUUACACGACACUAUAUACGGAAGAUGGCAAAGUAUGGAUCAUCACGAGCGAUUUCCAAACCAAACUUGGCGAGUACGAUUCGAAGAUUAAAACCGUACCAAAUGACUUACAAUGGUGUGGCAACGAUUCUGUGUUACUUGCAUGGGAAGAUGAAGUGCAUCUGAUAGGCCCGGAUGGCUCCAGUUUGAAAUACUAUUACGAUGACUGGGUCCACAUGCUUCCUGAUGUUGAUGGCAUACGUCUCAUCACAAAUGAAAUCUGCGAGUUUCUGCAGAAAGUCCCAGAUACAUCCGAGGAGGUUCUCAACAUUGGCUCGACAUCCGCAGCUUCGGUGCUACUGGAUGCUGCGCAACAACUGGAGAAAGAAUCACCCAACGCGGAUGAGAACAUCCAGCUGAUACGGCCCAAUCUACCUGACGCAGUUGCCACUUGCGUGAAGGCCGCUGGACAACAAUAUGACGCCACCUGGCAGAAGCAGCUACUAAAGGCUGCCUCCUUUGGAAAGUCGGUCCUUGACCUUUACAGUAGUGACGACUUUGUUGAGAUGUGCCAAACGCUGCGAAUUCUAAAUGCGGUUCGAGAUUACAAAGUUGGGUUACCAAUGACUCACUAUCAGUAUAAGCUUCUGACACCAGAGAAACUGAUCCAGCGCCUUGUUAACAGGCGAGAGUACCGUCUGGCGUUGCGGUUAUCAAACUUCCUUCGUCUACCUACGAAUAAGAUUUUUGUUCAUUGGGCUUCGCAAAGCGUUCGAUUAUCUCAAGCAGACGAGGAAGCUCUUUGUGGAAAAGUCGUCUCCCGGCUAGCUUCAAAGCGCGGCAUCUCUUUCGAGACCAUCGCUCGUGCUGCCUAUGAUGAGGGCCGCAGCUAUCUAGCCACAAAGCUGCUACAUCACGAGUCUCGUGCUGGUAGGCAAGUUCCGCUUCUACUAUCCAUGUCCGAAGACGAACUUGCCCUUGACAAGGCCAUCGCUUCAGGUGACACUGAUCUUGUUUAUUUUGUCUUGCUGCACCUGAAAAAGAGUCUUCCUUUAGCUUCUUUCUUCCGCACCCUUGGCAGCCGUCCUCUAGCAACUGCCCUUGUCGAAUCUUCUGCACGUCUACAAGAUCAAUCGCUGCUGAAGGAUCUUUAUUAUCAGGACGAUCGAAGAGUCGAUAGUGCGAAUCUCCUCUUUUCCGAAGCCCUCUUCCAAACCGCGGCCCAGACAAAGAAUGAUAAGCUGAAGCUCGGAUCAAAGCUUCUUGCGGAUAGUAGCAAAGACCUAAUUUCCUCACAGACUCUCAAGAUAUUCCAGGAAGCAUCCUCACUCGUACGUCUACAGGCAACACUCGAUAAUGAGCUUGCGUCGGAGGAUCAGACAAAGUACACUGGAUUCUCUCUUAAUCACACCACCUAUCAACUGAUACUACACGCACAAACUAAGCGCGCGCAAAAACUGUCACAAGACUUCCACAUGCCCCCAAAAAUUUACGAAUGGAUACGUCUCCGCGCCCUUGUAGCAGCGCGCAACUUCGUCGAGCUAGAAGACGGCGCCGCAAAGACCAAGAAGUCAGCGAUCGGAUGGGAAGCAUACUUCAACGAAGUGUUUGGUGCAGGGAACCCGAAACUUGCUGGUGGUGUCUUUGUCGCGAAGUGUACAGGGCUAACCUCGAAGGAACGAUGCGAGAUGUGGAUGAAAUGUGGAAUGGUGCAACUGGCAGGCGAAGAGUUGGUGAAAGUGAAAGACGUUGACGGCUUGGAAGACCUUCGAACGCGAGCUGGACCUGGCGGAAGUGUGGAGCUUGAAAGGAUGAUCGCUCGAAUCAAGACAAGGCGGUGA